AUGUCCUUCACUACUACUAAUCGGUCCGUUGAGAAACCCUCCUCGCUAGCAUGUCUUGCGUGCCGGAGGAAGCAUCUCAAAUGCGAUGGCGUUAUGCCGGCCUGUGGACGGUGUCGCAAAGGCCAGCUCGGAUGCCACUACACUCCCUCUCGUCGAGGAUAUAAGCCUGACUCCAGAGGCCAGUACGCAGUCACAUACGCUCCUACGCCGAUACUGACGCCCUCGCCCGAAUUUACUCUCCCAACCGGCAUCCAGUUGACGCCGCAGCUCUCUACGUUCUCAUUCAUUAGCACACCCCUUCCAGGUACCACCGCGGCCACGGAGGAUUUCUCUUCGGACCAGAGUAGCUCUGUUCCUAUCUGGAAGGCAGCAGACCAUCAUAAUCCCUAUGACCAGACGUCCUUGGGUGCGGGCAGACCGGCGGCUGCGUUGGGGAGCCAGUAUCCCACGACGGACUUACGCGGAGACUCUUACCUCAUCGACUUCUAUUAUGCAUACUUUCACGACUCUCACCCCAUACUACCACCCGUGCACUUCCUGCCUCGAAUGUACCCGCUCCCAGCCUGCUUGGAAGCUACUAUCAAGUUCAUUGGCGCACAUUUCGUCACCGAUAUAACACCCAACGCAUACCGAUCAGCCGUCACCGCAGCAAUUGCGGAGAGUGAGGAAUCCUGCUAUAAAGUCCAGGCACUGCUCCUGCUCUCGAUCACCUUACAUGGACGCAAUGAAAGAGGGGAGGGUGUCAAGGCGUUCACGGAAGCAGCAAGGCUGGCGAUGAAGUUGGGCAUGAAUAUGAGGUCCUAUGCCCCAAGCGUCGUAGGCGAAGACCCGGUCAUGUGUGAGAAUAUAAGACGGACGUGGUGGGAGGUGUAUAUGAUUGAUGCGAUGUUUUCCGGGUUCGACCAAACGCCCUGCCAGAUUUCAAGCAGUGUCAUCAUGGACGUUCCCCUCCCAUGCGACGACAUCAGCCAUUCAACUGGCAUAUACCUGACCGAGCCACCAACUGCCGCUCAAUUCUAUGACAGAAUCUUUGAAGAUGAGGAAGAUAGCAAGGAGUACUCGUCGUAUUGCCACGCAAUCGAGGCGUCGAGGAUACUGAAACGCACGCUCGACCUUACCUAUGCUCCAGAAGAUCCAGAAUAUGAUCAGAUAGAGUCCAUAGAUGCAAACAUUGGCAGCUGGUUCCACCACCUACCCCCUUCGAAACGCGAUAUUCUUGCAGUAGACGACGAAGUGGAUCAGAUCAUGUUCCGCGCGUUCAUGAUAAUCCACUGCGCAUCGAUAUACUUACAUACACCCCAGUCCAACCUUCUCUCCACCCCUGUAGCCAUAUCGAGCAUCCCCUGUGCUAGACGAUGGAUACGGUUGUUAAGAACAAGCCCCUCCACAAACCUAACCCACGCCAUCAAAUCUAUCAAAGCCGCCAACGGCCUUGCAAACCUCGCAGCCCUGAGAUCACCAGGAAUAAAACAUUCGCCGUUUUUCAUCUGCGGCAUGGUCCUGAGCGCGCUCGUUCAGCUCUGUGCAUGCUCCGUUCGUGCGUCCGGAAAGCUAGAGCCUCGUCGUGAUCGAAUCGCCCUGCUCAUCGGAGAACUCAAAUCCUUGGGGCCAACCUGGUCGAUAUCCAGACUGGUAAUGCGGCAUAUUAAGAUGGUUGCGAGAGAGGUGCUUGAGAUUGGCGUUCGACCGCCUGCUUACUCGGCCAUAGAAGAUAAUGGCCCAGACAUAGUCACCAUCGUCAACAGCGAUCUAUGGCUAGGAGAUAUUCCUCUUGAAUGA